AUGUCAGCCUCAGCGAAACCCUCGGCGCUGGCAGAGCUGGCCCCUGGCCCCGAGGACCAGCCCAAGGGGAAGCCGCUCCUCGGCUGGGGCUCUCUCUUCGGCCCCCGCAGCGAAAAGAUUGUUUUCAGCAGGAGCGAGGGCGCCCCCGAGGAGAACGUGCUCACCAUCACCAUCACGGAGACCACGGUCAUCGAGUCGGACCUGGGCGUGUGGAGCUCCCGGGCUCUGCUCUACCUGACGCUGUGGUUCUUCUUCAGCUUCUGCACCCUCUUUCUCAACAAGUACAUCCUGUCCCUGCUGGAAGGGGAGCCCAGCAUGCUAGGUGCUGUGCAAAUGUUGUCAACUACGUUUAUUGGAUGCAUUAAAAUAUUUGUUCCUUGCUGUUUAUAUCAACACAAAACCCGGCUUUCUUAUCCCCCCAAUUUCAUCAUGAUCAUGCUGUUUGUGGGUCUAAUGAGGUUUGCGACGGUGGUUUUGGGUCUGGUCAGCCUGAAAAACGUGGCGGUUUCGUUUGCUGAAACAGUGAAGAGCUCUGCUCCCAUCUUCACCGUGAUUAUGUCCCGGAUGAUCCUCGGGGAGCACACGGGGCUGCUGGUCAACCUCUCGCUCAUCCCCGUCAUGGGAGGCCUGGCACUGUGCACGGCAACGGAGAUAAGCUUCAACGUCUUGGGGUUUUCGGCCGCGCUGUCCACCAACAUCAUGGACUGUUUGCAAAAUGUUUUUUCAAAAAAGCUCCUCAGCGGGGACAAAUACAGGUUCUCGGCCGCGGAGCUCCAGUUCUACACCAGCGCGGCGGCCGUGGCCAUGCUGGUCCCCGCCUGGAUCUUCUUCAUGGACUUGCCAGUGAUUGGGAGAAGUGGGAAGAGCUUCAGUUACAGUCAGGACAUCCUGUUGCUGCUGAUGAUGGACGGCGUCCUGUUCCACCUGCAGAGUGUCACGGCCUAUGCCCUCAUGGGCAAAAUCUCCCCCGUCACUUUCAGUGUCGCCAGCACCGUGAAGCACGCCUUAUCCAUCUGGCUCAGUAUUAUAGUGUUUGGCAACAGAGUCACCAGCCUGUCGGCCAUCGGCACCGUCCUAGUGACGGCUGGCGUCCUGCUCUACAACAAAGCCAAGCAGCGCCAGCGGGAGGCCAUGCAGAGCCUGGCUGUGGCCGCCAGCCCAACGCCAGAGGACGAAGCGGAGCCACUGACCCCCAAGGACCCCAGACCACACCACUGA